AAGUGAAGAUGAGAAAACGAAAUGGCAGCAAUUGUUGACUGAAGGAAUUGAAAGGAGUCGUGCUAAAAUACAACCCAAAUCCACAACUCUACCGAUACUUAUACGAAUUGAUGGACGAAACCAGGUGAUCAAAAAGAAGAUCACAAUCGAGCAAACCAGUGGCGAUGUUCUGAUGGAUUUGAUAAAUAUGCUAUCGAUUCGACACUGCGACGAUUUGGAGUUGUUGUUUGAUUCGGGUGGCUAUGAGAGUGAGAUUGUGCUACAAGGACCCGAGAACGUGUUCUGUGUGGUGCUCGAGUCUGUGAAACGUACCGGGUAUCGCCUUUCUGAAGUGCAAUUCGAACGUCUCGAUACGUUCCCACUGAUACAGUGUCGUCUGGUGCUAACAACCGCGUCUGCGUCAAGAAGCAAUGCCGCACAUUCUUUUGUUACGCAAUUCAAGUUCGUCGUUCUCUUCUCGAUAGCAUGUAACCAGCUGUGUGCAGUUUGA